AUGGAAGAAUAUUUCAACUCCCAGCAACGAUCUCAGGAUUAUUUUCCACAGCAGCAGCACCAUCAGCAACAUGUUCAGCCAAACGUUUCCUACUCGCCACCACCCUAUUACGACCAACUACCAAGCCCUCUCCCGCGGCUCAACCCACCCCAACAGCAGUACUCACAACCACCAGAGUACAAUCACCAACGGCAUCAACAACAACAAGAUUUGGAUUCACAAUUUUCAACCUAUGAACGCGCAUUUCAAGAGCCGAAGUUACAUUUUCAAAGAAUGCGACAGCAGCAACUGCAGGAGCAACAACAACAACAACAGCAGCAACAGGUGUUGCAGCAACAAAAUACAUAUCUGCAACAUUUUUCCCAACACGAAUUUCGACCGAACCAACCACAACAGCAAAGUCAAUACGAUCAGCAAGAAAUUCAAUCUCGACCACAACUACCACAACAGCCGCAGCAGUUUAUGACGGCUUUCAACGACUUAGAUUCAGUCCAGUGGGGUAGAAUCAGUAAUAACGAUGACGAUGACAGCCGAGCUUACAUAGGUCCCUUAGUUUUUUCCAUUCUCGUCACGAUUCUAUGUGGUGUUUUAUUUGGCCUGAUUGCCUUAGUUACUGCUGGUAAGAUUUUUUCAGAAUUUUUUUAUGAAUUUGAUCUUCGACUUUUUUGCCAUAACCUCUUAAACAAUUUUGUUUCAGUGUCUAGCAAGAAAAAGUAUGACGCGGGCAACGUAGAAAGGGCAAAAUUUCUACGAAGGGCUUCCUACGCCCUCUCCAUCAUUGGCUUGGUAGUCGGUGCGGUCAUUCUGGCGGUCGUCAUCGCCUUCGUAGUCAUUGUUCUUAAGAAAUGA